AUGUCUGAAACAGCAAUUCUCCCCCCUAAGCAGGUCGUCUACUGCGGAGUCUGCAGUCUUCCCCCAGAGUACUGUGAAUUCGGCGGCACCACCAAGAAGUGCGAAGAAUGGCUCGAGUCCAAGCACCCCGACCUCCACACCAAGCUCUACUCUGAAGACGCCGUAGCAGCCAACCUCUCCACCCUCUCCCUCGACGCCCAAAAACGCGCCGAAAAGGACGCAAAAAAGAAAGAAGCAAAAGCCACCGCCGCAGAAGCCCGCCGCGCCGAAGAACUCGCCACCUCAAAAAUAACAAUCAAGCGCGUCGAACGCAACAAACGCAAACACGUCACCGAAGUCUCCGGUCUCGAAGCCUUCAACAUCGACAUCAAAAAACUUGCCAAAGAACUGGGCAAAAAGUUUGCGACUGGCUCCUCGGCGGGUAAAAUGCCCGGUGGUGUGGGUGAGGUCAUUACGAUCCAGGGGGAUUUGAGUGAUGAGGUUGGAGAGUGGAUUUGUGAAAAGUAUGAGCAGGUGCCCGAGGAUAAUGUCGAGUUUGUCGAGGAUAAGAAGAAGAAGAAUAAGGCUGAGCCGCCGAUGGUUGCGCCUCAGUAG